AUGGCAUCUGUUCAUGGGACUACUAGUAGCAGUACUGGUGCUGGGACGUCGACAACCGUGAUCUCUUCCACGGCAGUUGGCGUGGGCAGUGCUGGCUCAGCUACUGGAUCUUCUUCCACUAGUACUCCAGUCUCCAGCCAUUCCUCACGGCCGAUCACUACCAGCAGCACGAGCUCCGAGGCUCUCUCAGGACCAGAAGCCCUCAUUCGGGUUUUGAACGCUGCUGUAGAGUCUGGGAUAGAGAGAGGAAUUGAUCAAGCUCUCCGUCUCGCCUCCCGUCCCCCUGGAGCUGGCGGGCCACCACUGCCUCCCUCGUCUGAUGGUUCACGGCCGCCCGGCUCUACAGCUCAUUCUCUCCCAGCCAUUCCACCCCUAUCAGAUGCAAGCUCAUCCAAGGUCAGCUCAGCAGUGACCAGUGAGGUGGGGCACAGCCUCCCAGCCUCAUUGUCAUCCGCAGCAGACACGACCCACUCGCUGCCCUUAUUCUCAAUGGCUAGCACCCUGAAUUGGGACCCUCUAAGCCUGUGGUCGCACCAUGCAGCACUACCCACAGCUAAGACAGCAGCAAUAUCACUAGCCACAUCUCUUCCCACCAUCCCCGGCAAG